AUGGAAAAUUUUGUUAAAAGUCUAAAAUUAAACCAUAAACUUCGUUAUCAAAAUUUAGAUUUUGUACAUACAGAACAGAACUUUGUAAGAGAUGAACCGUUAUUGGAAAGUUUUACUGAAAUACAAGUUUGCCAAUCGGAUCCAGAAGGAGAGAAUACAUGGAAUUUUGUAUCAUUAAAUUCCGACAAGAAUGAAAAUAAUAAUCCAGAAAUAAUAAAAAUUCUUAUCCCAAUUUUUAAAGUACAAUGUGCAAAACCUCAAGAUGAACUACUUGAAACCACUAAAGAAUUAUUUAUUUCGAUGGUAGUGUGGAUCGGCGGAUACUUAAUUAUUGAAAAGUAUCCUAAAGAUCUUUUAGAACUAAGUAAAUUGCAAAUGUGCAUAAAUUGGGCCAUAAGUAAUGUCAGGAAGAAGCAAGAUAUUUCGUUUGAAGAUUUUAAUAUUACUCUUAAUAUUAAAAAUUCAAAAGAUGAUGUUAUUAAUAACAUGAAAGAAUUGUCUGAUUAUAUCGAACAACUAUAUAACUUUAAAUAUAUUUCCGUAAUCGCAUACGAGAAAGUCAUUUCCCUCUCUGGUCAUGAUAAAGAUCAUAAGAUCUUGAUACCAAAAAUUUCCAAACAUAAAAUAAUCGGUAUGGAUAAAUGGUUGCAAGGCAAUAUACUUUUGAAUAUCCCACGUUGGAUUAAAAAUUAUAAAUUGAAUCAUGGACUAGUAAUAUCUUACAACGGAGUAACUAUCAGUGAAAAACCCGCGAUAGGAAUUUCAAUAUCAUCAAUUAAAAAGGUUCAAAAAACCAAAAAGGAAUAUUUUGGUGAGGUCGAAUCAUCAUCAAGUACCGAUAUUCAAUAUCGUUAUAGAAUCGUUAAUGAACAACUUGAAUUUACUUUAUCUAAUAAAUUUGAAUUAACUGCAAAGUUUGAAGAAGCCGUUGAAGAUGCAUUAAAUUCUGAAUCGGCAUAUGAUGAAUUGACUAAAAUUUUUUCAAAGUACGGUCAUGUAAUUUGUCAAAAAUUCACCAUAGGAAAAAUAAUAAAUAUUUUAUCGAAUAAAGAUGGUUUAACAAAUGAAGACAAUUCAAAGGAACCAAUUGAAAGAAGUACUCAUGUUAACGUCUCAGAUGCUUGGUCUAAAUAUGUUUUCGAACAUCCUGAUUUAUGGUGCGUAGUGGAUCGAUACGGAAUGAUUCCUAUUACAAAGUUUCUUAAAAAAGAAAUGCAGCAAAAAAUUAAAUCAAUAGAGGAAGAAAAUAGACGAAUAAUAGAUUGUUCUAUUACUAUUUUUAAACCUAAAAAAGAACGAAAUAUAAUGCUAAAUUUGAAAUUUGCCGAAACUGAAUGUGACAUGGCUCAGUAUGUCGCCGAGACAGUCAUUAAGAAUAAACCUGACAAUGGAGUACGAAUUAAUGGAAGAAGAAGAAGUAUUUUUGAAAGGUUUUUAAAUAUCACACAUCCAAAUAAGGAAUAUUAUUUGGAAAAUAAUGCUUUUGAAUGUAUAAUUAAAGAUGAGCAAAAUGAGGCCAAACACGUAGAAAACUAUUUGGAACCUGUCUUACUUGAAAUCAUUCUUGACGAUAAGCUUAAUUCAACCUUUCUCGCCUUUCUCUCAAUGUCC